AGAGCCCCAUUCCGCCUUCUCUCUCCUCCCUUUCCGACGAGGCGACCUGCCCCUUUCCCCUCUCGCGCACCUUCCUCUCGCCAUGGCCUUCUUCUCCCACCACCACCUCCAGCAGCCCCACCCCGCGGCGCCGCCGCCACCGCAGCAGCAGCAGCCGGCGCCUCUCUCCUUCAGGAACGCGCUGCCGGUGCCGGUCGAUGGACAGAUCCCGGCGCCUCUCGCCUUCUUCAACGCGCCGCCCGCUUUCCCGGACCAGGCGGGGCAGCCACAGCUGGACGCGGCUGGGCUGACGGCUGCGGCGGGUAUGGGGUGGAGGCAGCCGAGGGAGCAGGAGCUGCUGGGCGAGAACUCGCAGAUGUCUUCCAUCGAUUUCCUGCAGACGGGCUCGGCGGUGUCGACGGGCCUGGCGCUCUCUCUGGAGGACCGGCGCCAUGGCGGCGGCGGCGCUGGCGCUGGGAACUCCUCGGGCGAUUCGCCGCUGCUCCUGUUGCCGAUGCUGGACGACGACAUCUCCCGUGAGGUCCAGCGGUUAGAUGCUGAUAUGGACCGAUUCAUCAGGGCCCAGAGUGAGCGCCUGAGGCAGUCUAUACUGGAGAAAGUUCAGGCGAAGCAGUUUGAAGCGCUGGCCUCUGUUGAAGACAAGAUCCUCCGAAAAAUACGCGAUAAAGAGUCAGAAGUUCAGAACAUUAACAAAAGGAACCUGGAACUUGAGGACCAGAUCAAGCAAAUGUCUGGGGAAGUUGGUGCGUGGCAGCAACGGGCUAAGUACAAUGAGAGCAUGAUCAGCGCACUCAAGUACAACCUGGAGCAGGUCUGUGCCCAUCAGAGCAAGGACUUCAAAGAAGGCUGCGGCGACAGCGAGGUAGACGAUACGGCGUCCUGCUGCAACGGCGGCGCCGUCAAUCUGCAGCUGAUGCCCAAGGCGAACAAUCACCCCAAGGAUUUGAUGGCCUGCAGGGUCUGUAAAUCAAGCGAGGCGUGCAUGCUCUUGCUGCCCUGCCGGCAUCUUUGCCUGUGCAAAGAGUGCGAGAGCAAGCUGAGCUUCUGCCCCCUGUGCCAGUCCUCCAAGAUACUUGGCAUGGAGAUAUAUAUGUGAUGUAGAAUAUAAUUUUAUGUACCGCUUGAGUAUCUUAUCUUUCGAGAUGCUGAUGUACUUAGACAUCAAUGUAUUGUCAACUGUAGUCUCACUGGGUCGAUAAGACUGCCAUUUCUGGUAGAAUUACUGCAGCCAACUUCUGAUUACAAGUGCAUGAUUUGAACUUCC